ACACAACGGCGUUCAUGGCAUGGUGGGAGGCAGUCGGCAUGCUGGUCGGGCUGAAGUUGAGGAAGAUGCAGAGGGAGUUGAGGAAGGCGAAGAUGAGGAUAGAAGAACUAGAACAGUGCCCUGCCCUCCCUUCUCCUCCUCCCCCUUCUCCUUUCCCGUCCUUCUCCACAGCUCUGCACCUGUCCUGCCAAUCUUCGAGGCUAGAGUUCAUGAGUGCUAAGGAGGACUCCAACCCGGCCAUGCAGAUUCUCUCUCCUCCCUCAUGUCUUCUAGGAGAAAGUCUCACUCUGUCUCUCUUGCCUUGCGAUGAUCACAGCUGCAAGAUGUCAGAUAGCUUCGUCAGCGCUAAGAAAGGAGGGCAGGUUGAAGAGAAGUUGAAACUACACAUCAUUCUUGAACCGAUCAUCAGACAUAUCGAGAGCCAUGUGGAAAACAUGGUUUCGUUAUGCACCAAAGCGAAACAUGCCUACCAAGAGCAGCUCCAACUCAUCCAACAGCAAUCAGCCCAUCUUGAAAGAACCUGCACCCAACUCAGUGUCGAGCGCGAUCGAGCGAUCAGCGAGAGGAAUGCUCUGGAGGCUGAGAUGAUGGAGCAGAGCAAGCUCAUCCACGAGCUCGAGCUGCUAAGUUGCGACGCCAUUCCAGAGCUUCGUGCCGCUCAGCUGAAGCUCGAGGAGCAGCUGGCGGAAAAGGAGUAUAUGUUGGAGGCGUUGAGGAGAGCAGAGGGAGAAAGGAUCCAGUCGACGUUUCCUAGCACACCGACUGCCGACAGCUCAAAGUUCAGGGAGGAAGCGAUGAUGCACGGGCUGAAGAUGGUGGAGGAAGAGAGGCGGCGGAACUCUGUGGAAAGAAACACGUACCUUAGGAAGAUUCGCUUCCUCGAAAGCGAGCUCCAGGAGGCUGAAGGGCAGCUGGACAUCAAGGUCAAGGAGUGCGACGAGUGGAGGGAGGCAGCGGAAGAGUUGUCAAGGGAGGUGACGAGGGAGCAGAGCUGCAAGGAGCAGCUGAGCGAGGAGAUGCUUGAGCUCAAGCAGGACCGUGACCUCCUGGUUAUCCGUGAAGAAGCUCAGAGUGAGAUGGUACAGGACCUGCUGAGGAUGUUGAGAGCAGUUGCGCCUCCUCCUCCGGUAGCAAGGAGACGCUCGCGCAUUCCCUGGUGGCCUACGAAGUCGCGCAGCUGCGUUGGGUGAUUUUGUUUGGUGUUGAUGUGCGAUGUUUGUGUACAGUACAAGGAAGUUAAGCUC